AGAUUGGGAAUUGUACACAUCUUGCAUCAACAAGGUGGAAUAUUUAUAAAAAAGUACUGAGGAUUUUGAUAAAAGUGAUUUCUGUGGAGCAGUUUAUUUCAUGAGGACAAAGUUGCUCAUAAAAGAUAAUCGAAGUCUCUGACUAUUCGAUGUUGAAUAUAGAAGAAUUUGGAACUGCUACUGCUUUCUGCUACAACCAUAUUAGGUGGGGUUGUUUUAUUAUGUGCCAUCGAUCAAAAGGGACCUGUUUAUCUAAAAUUACCACAUAAGAAGAAUUUAUGAAAUGACACCAACAUGAAACAUCCUGUUUGAAUUUGAAUUGGAGCAAUCUUAUCACCUUGACAGUAAAUUAAAACGAGAAUUUCGCUUAAAUAGAAAUCGACGCUAUCCUUUGGAUCAUCAGUAGUCUUUGGACAUCCAAAAUGCGGGUUUAUGCCCUUUUGACCCUCAUUGUUAUAGUUAUGGCAGAGGUGCCGAUUUACCCCGAAAAGAUAGUGGGUGGUUCUGUGACCACCAUUGACCAGUACCCUGCUAUCGUUUCUUGUCUGUAUUCAAACGACUUGGUCAAUUAUACCCAAUACUGUGCUGGUACUAUCCUCAACAGAAGGUCCGUUCUAACUGCUGCUCAUUGUACUUUUGGCGAUCCCGCUAAUAAGUGGCGUAUCCGUGUGGGUUCGAGCUUUGCCAAUAGCGGUGGUGUUGUCCACAAUGUUGAGCAAAUUAUCCAACAUCCUAUGUUCAAUGUUAUAGCUCAUUGUGACUAUGAUUUUGCUAUCUUGCGCUCCGCCACUUUUAUUACGUUCAACAAAAACGCGAGGCCUGUUGCCAUAGCUGGCGAUAUUUACGAAAUUCCCGAUCACCAGCCUGUUUGGGCUGCUGGAUUUGGUCUGACUUCUGAGAAAGGUCCUGCCUCCGAGAUACUGCGCCACGUCCAGGUAUUUACAGUCAACCACGAUGCUUGUAAAGGCCCUUACAAAAGUGUAGGAAUAACUAUCACUGAGAACAUGUUGUGCUCUGGUGUGUUCAACGCUGGUGGUCGUGACCAGUGCACGCAAGACUCCGAAGGUCCUCUCUUCCACAAUGGCGUCCUUGUUGGUGUCUGCUCCUUUGGUUUUGGAUGUGCUAGACCACAGUUCCCUGGUGUCAAUGCUCGGGUAUCACGUGCAUCCGCUUGGAUUAGAAAAAACGCGUAAAUAAAAUGGGCUCGCAAAUAUUGACUUUAAUUGCGAUUAUUGAUGAGAAGCUAAACUUAAAGCUAAGCUAAUUUGGUUUUGUUUUAUAGUCAGUGCUUUUUGUUUCUCCAGUAUUGUAUUGAAUUUGUAAUAAAAAAA